AUGACCACUCCCGACAGCCAGCAAUCUCUGGAAGAUGAGAUCGCUGACCUCGAACGCCGUCUCCAGGAUGCGAGGUCCCGACUGAAUGCCGAAGAUGUUCCCGUCGCCCCCUCAACUCUUACCAGCGAGGCAGCGCUGCAUGCUUUACUACUCCUGGCCGAUUCAGCGCUUCCAUUAGGGUCUUUCGCAUUCAGCAGCGGGCUGGAAUCAUAUCUUGCACAUCAUAAGCCCAGCCCGCCGUUCGCGUCGCAACUGCCGUCAUUCAACGUCUUCCUCCGCCUGUCUCUCUCCACGCUCGCCAGUACCGCGCUGCCGUAUGUCCUUGCAGGCUACCGCAGCCCCGCAGACAUCGAGACGCUGGACAAUGACUUCGACGCAAGCACACCCUGCACAGUCGCGCGACGGGCAAGCAUAGCCCAAGGACGGGCGCUGCUCACUGUGUGGGAACGCAGCUACCAGACGCAAUACAGUCCGACUGCCACCGACAACGCAUCGCGCGACGACAGUUUUCCGCAAGAAAGCGGGGCUGCCGAAGCGCUUACAUCCUUCUCUACCGCCCUUCGCAAAUCCGACCUCAUCAACGCGCAUCUGGCCCCACUGUGGGGUCUAGUUACCCGCGUGCUCGACGUGCCGUUGCGCGCUGCUGCAUACUUGUUCCUUUUCUCGCAUGCGCGCACGGUAGUCAGCGCGGCCGUUCGCGCCAGUGUUAUGGGGCCUUAUCAGGCGCAAGCUGUACUGGCAAGCACAGAGCUACAGGACAGGAUAAGAGGGUUGGUGGAAGAGGGUUGGGAGAGGGAGGUCGAAGACGCAGGGCAGAGCGUGCCGGUCAUGGAUCUAUGGGUUGGCAGACAUGAGAAGUUGUAUAGUCGCAUCUUCAAUUCAUGA